AACGAGUGUCAUAUCUCAAGACUUACGAUGUGGGAGAAGUAUUAUACAGGCAGAUUUUAGUUUUGAUACAUUGAUGGGCCUUAAUCCGUGAUUAUAUAUUCCGGCCCAAAUUAAACCCAUUUAACUAUAAGCUCUAUUUUGUUUGUUUAUUUUUGUAUUGAAGCGCCAAAACAAUAUCUAGAAGAGAAAAAGAUCGCAUCCAUCUUUAUACUCUUUGGCCCUUUGAGAGAGGGAACAACACAAGACCUCGUCUACUACUUCAUUCCCCUUCUCGAAUCGAAUCAUCGUCUUCUUCUUCUCUCUCAGCCUAUCGAAAAACCACAUCGACAUGGCUAAGGAACUUGCAGCGAAGGCCAAAGAGGCUUUCGUAGACGACGACUUCGAUGGUGCUGUUGACUUGUACUCAAAAGCCAUUGACUUGGAUCCAAAUUGCGCUGAGUUCUUCGCGGAUCGUGCUCAGGCCAACGUCAAACUUGUGUUGUGAACGAGAGCAGAAGCAGUGGAAGAUGCGAACAAAGCUAUAGAGUUGGAUCCUUUAUUGACCAAAGCCUACUUAAGAAAGGGAACUGCUUGUAUGAAGCUUGAAGAAUAUCAAACUGCGAAAAAUGCUCUUCAAAAGGGUGCUUCAAUUGCACCAAGUGAAUCCAAAUUCAAGAAGCUGAUAGACGAAUGCGACCUUCGUAUCUCAGAAGAAGAGAAAAUUUUGGUUCAACCGGUGGCAUCUCCAUCAGUGAAAGCUGAUCUCACCCAUGUGUCUUCAGCACCUGCCAAACCAAAGUUCAGACACGACUACUACCAAAAGCCAGAAGAAGUUGUGGUGACUAUAUUCGCAAAAGGGAUACCGAAGCAGAAUGUUAAUAUCGACUUUGGUGAACAAGUUCUGAGUGUUGUGAUUGAUGUUCCUGGAGAGGAGGAAGCGUAUCAUCUCCAGCCCAGACUGUUUGGAAAGAUAGUACCAGAGAAGUGCAGAUAUGAAGUAUUAUCAACCAAAGUCGAGAUCCGUCUAGCAAAAGCAGAGAUCAUCACAUGGGCCUCUCUUGAACACGCCAAAGUGCCAGCGGUUUUGCCAAAGCCAAAUGUCUUAUCAGAGGUUUCAGUGAGACCUGCUUAUCCUUCUUCCAAGAAAGUAAAGGACUGGGACAAGCUUGAAGCCGAAGUGAAGAAACAGGAUAAUGAUGAGAAGCUGGAAGGAGACGCUGCUUUGGACAAGUCCUUACGUGAGAUGUAUUCGAAUGCUGAUGAGGAUAUGAGACGUGCCAUGAGCAAAUCCUUUGUGAGUAUUUAUUUACUCUUUGGUCUUUCUUUGUUAAUGGAGUUUCUGAUGAUGGUAUUUGGACAAAUGAACAGGUGGAAUCAAAUGGGACUGUACUGUCGACAAACUGGAAAGAGGUUGGGGCUAAGACAAUCAAGAGCACUCCUCCGGAUGGUAUGGAGCUCAAGAAAUGGGAGAUCUAAUCUUCCUCAUGGUCCCUUUUCUUCAUGUAAUGAGGAUCCUAAGGUUUCUUUGCUUUUGUCAAGUAUGGCUUUCUCUUCACAACUUUUUUGAUUUUUCAUCUGAAUAUCCACAUAUCACUAUUCUAGUGUCUUGUUAAAACCAUAUCCGCAAAACUAAAUAGCCAAAGGCAAGUAGGCAACUGUAUAUGAGAUUUUCCUACCAAGGGAAGAUGAACUUGUAUGUCAAAUUGCAUUGGUAAUGAUUACAAAAUUUCUCACA